UGCCCGGCGAGGGGCUGAUCACUCUCUGGACACCCCAGUACCCCCACAGAUCUCGCAGCUGCUUGGGGGCGGCAACCGUGACCUGGACAUCCUGCUAGGAAUCCUGAAACCCAAAUAUUGCAACAGGAACAGAAACAUGACUCAUCAGAUAACAUUUGUUUGGACAGUUUUGGUCUUGCUUCUUCAGAAUUCUGCAUUAGCUGAAGAUGAAGAAAUUAGAUCAAGUUGUCGCACGGCUCCAACGGACUUAGUCUUCAUCUUAGACGGCUCUUACAGUGUUGGCCCAGACAACUUUGAAAUAGUGAAAAAGUGGCUUGUCAAUAUCACAAAAAACUUUGACAUUGGACCAAAGUUUAUUCAAGUUGGAGUUGUUCAGUACAGUGACUACCCUGUACUUGAGAUUCCACUUGGAAGUCAUGACUCAGGAGCGAACUUGGUAGCUGCCAUGGAGUCCAUACAUUACUUGGGAGGAAACACAAGGACUGGAAAGGCCAUCCAGUUUGCCCUUGAUUACCUUUUUGCCAAGUCCUCAAGAUUUCUGACGAAGAUAGCGGUGGUGCUGACUGAUGGCAAAUCUCAGGAUGAAGUCAAGGAUGCAGCAGAGGCGGCACGAGACAGUAUGAUAACAUUAUUUGCCAUCGGCGUUGGUUCAGAGACAGAAGAUGCAGAACUGAGAGCGAUUGCCAACAAGCCUUCAUCUACUUACGUGUUUUACGUGGAGGACUAUAUUGCAAUAUCCAAAAUCAGAGAGGUGAUGAAGCAGAAACUCUGUGAAGAAUCUGUUUGUCCAACACGAAUUCCAGUAGCAGCUCGAGAUGAGAAGGGAUUUGAUAUACUCCUAGGCUUGGGUGUAAAGAAAAAGGUUAAGAAAAGAAUCCAGCUCUCACUGACGAAGAUAAAAGGCUAUGAAGUAACAUCAAAGGUGGAUUUAUCAGAAUUCACAAGCAAUGUUUUCCCAGAAGGCCUCCCUCCAUCAUAUGUAUUUGUGUCAACUCAGAGAUUUAAGGUUAAGAAAAUAUGGGAUUUAUGGAGAAUUUUAACCAUUGAUGGAAGGCCACAAAUGGCAGUCACUUUGAAUGGUGUGGAUAAAACCUUAUUGUUUACAACAACCAGCAUAAUUAAUAAUACCCAAGUGGUCACCUUUACUGACCCUAGAGUUAAGAUAUUAUUUGAUGAAGGCUGGCAUCAAAUCCGCCUCUUAGUAACAGAACAAGAUGUAACGCUGUACAUUGAUGACCAACAAAUUGAACACAAGCCCUUACAUCCAGUGUUAGGGAUCUUCAUCAAUGGACAAACCCAAAUUGGAAAAUACUCAGGGAGAGAAGAAACUGUUCAGUUUGACGUCCAAAAGUUGCGAAUCUACUGUGACCCAGAGCAGAACAAUCGGGAAACCGCAUGUGAGAUUCCUGGAUUUAAUGGAGAGUGCCUCAAUGGUCCCAGUGAUGUAGGUUCAACUCCAGCUCCGUGCACAUGCCCACCAGGAAAACCAGGGCUGCAAGGCCCCAAGGGUGAGCGUGGACUGCCUGGGACUGCUGGCUACCCUGGACAGCCUGGUCAAGAUGGUAAGCCUGGAUACCAGGGAAUCAUAGGAUUACCAGGGGUUGCAGGUUCCCCGGGAAUACAAGGAGUUCAAGGACUACCAGGUUUCAAAGGAGAACCAGGGAGAGAUGGUGCAAAGGGUGACCGUGGACUUCCUGGGUUUUCUGGACUUCAUGGGGUGCCAGGAUCAAAGGGUGACAUGGGUCCCAAAGGAGACAAAGGAUCACCUGGACUGUAUGGCAAAAAGGGUGCAAAGGGUGAAAAAGGGAAUUCUGGUUUUCCUGGCCUUCCUGGACAUGCUGGAGAACCGGGAAGACAUGGAAAAGAUGGCUUAAUGGGUAGUCCAGGUUUCAAGGGAGAAGCAGGACCACCAGGUGCUCAGGGGCCGGAGGGACCACGCGGAGAACCUGGAAUCCCAGGAUUUCCUGGAAAUCAAGGAUUAGUGGGACAGAAGGGAGAAACUGGGCCUCCAGGACCACAAGGGAAAAAAGGAGUCCCAGGCUUGCCUGGCUUGCUGGGAAAUGAUGGCUCACCAGGUCAACCUGGAACACCAGGAUCUAAGGGAAGUAAAGGUGAGCCUGGACCUAAAGGGAUGGCUGGGCCUUCUGGCUCCAAGGGAGAACCAGGAGCAGUGGGUGCCCAGGGAGAGCCAGGAUACAUGGGUUUUCCUGGGACGCAAGGGAAAAAGGGAGAAAAAGGAGAUCGAGGUGAAAAAGGCCUUCAGGGCCAAAAGGGAGAACAUGGAAGUCAAGGAAUUCCAGGACAACAGGGAAUUCAAGGUCAUCAAGGUCGAAAAGGAGAGAGAGGUGAAAAGGGAGAACCUGGUUUCAGAGGUGCCACCGGACCCAAAGGAGAAGCUGGGAUGGAUGGCUUGACAGGGCUUGUAGGCCCCAAAGGACAACAGGGUGAAACAGGUCCUCGGGGGCCACCAGGAUUGGAUGGGAAGCCUGGGAGAGAAUUUUCAGAACAAUUCAUUCGACAAGUUUGCACUGAUGUAUUAAGAGCCCAGUUACCAGUCUUACUUAGGAGUGGAAGAAUUCAAAAUUGUGAUACCUGUCAGUCCCAAAGUGGUGCUCCAGGUAAUCCUGGGCCACCUGGACCCAUGGGACCAGAAGGCCCCCGAGGGUUUCCUGGCCUACCAGGAAGAGAUGGUGCUCCUGGUUUGAUGGGUGUCCCUGGGCGUCCCGGUGCCAGAGGUUUAAAAGGUCUGCCAGGAAGAAACGGGGCAAAGGGAAGCCAAGGAUUUGGGUACCCUGGAGAGCAGGGUCCUCCUGGCCCCCCAGGUCCAGAGGGUCCUCCUGGAAUAAGCAAAGAAGGUCCUCCAGGAGAAACGGGUCUCCCUGGCAAAGAUGGAGAACAUGGCAAACCUGGCAUCCAAGGGCAACCAGGCCCCCCAGGCAUCUGCGACCCCUCACUAUGUUUUAGUGUCGUUGUUGGGAGAGAUCCUUUUAGGAAAGGACCAAACUAUUAGUGAGUGAUGCCUCAUUCAGCAUCCUUGGCUAGGUGCUUUUCUUGUGUGGUCCUUUGCAUCUCAGGAAGAUAACUAGCAAUAAUCCCUUGACAAGGAACGAAAGUACCUCUGUGUGUUGUUUUUCCUGGAGGAAAAAUAUAAUAAAGGGCAUAUAUAUAACUGAUUCUUAAAAGGUCCUUCAAUAAUUUGGAGCUUUUAAAGUUAUAACAUCAACUAAAUUUCCAGGAUUUCUUGUAAGUCUAUUGUUUUUAAUCAGUUAAAUAAAAUUAAAAACACCAGUGUCUGUCAGCCAGUCAUUUUCAGUCAACGUGAAAUGUGUCAUUUAGUCUCCAUGCAGUGGAGUAUUUGAAUUCAAUUUCAUGGCUGUGUGAAUUUUAUGUUUCAUGUCUCAUAACUCAUGCUUAGACAUUAACCAACACAGGUAUUUUAUCAUUGGAAAUCAAAACAGGGCUGAUAUUCAGCUGGGAUGGGUAGUACUCCCAUGACCACUUCUGCCAAUAGCUGUGCUUAUUGGUUAGGGUCUGUGGCCACUUUUUAUAUGUCUUGAAUGUCACCUCUGACUAAGAUUGAUGUGGUUUUUUUUUAAUUUUUGCUGAUUCUAAAAUUAGACUAAUUUGUUAUGCUAAGAAGAUGGAUUAAAUCCAUUGGAAAUGGUUGAAAUUGUUUAGCACAAGUUAAAAUACUUCAGAUAAUGUUUCUUUGUACCUGAUCAGUGCAUUCAAAGAAAAUGGGAGUUCAGCAAUAUUAAAAUAAAUAUAUGCUUCCUACUUGCUGUCUAAUUGGAAUGUUUGUUGUCUGCCAUCAUUUUUCAUUUCAUUUAUUAUAUGUGUAUGUUCUCUGUUAGUUUUCAUUAUAGUCAAGCUAAUGAUAAGAAGUGCUCUAGAUAAACAGAAAAGCAAUUCCAUAAAUCCUAGUAUGUCUUGAUAUUUUUAAGCAGACUUUUGAAUAUUGUGAGCAGUCCUGGUGUACUGUUCUUAUGGCUUUUCUAAGGGACAUAAUUUGAGAUAUUUUGUCUUUUUGUCAUGAUUUAAAUUUUGUUACGUGCUUGUUAUUCAAAUUAAAAUAAAGUUUUAUACAGAUAUAA